UGUCAAAACAGCAAGUUGACAGCGAUGGUUUUCAAAUAGUUCCUUCUAAGCGUUUCUCCAAAAAUAAACAAACUAAAAUACCUUCUAGAGACUCUAAAUUUGAAGAACAAGAAACUAUAAUCGACGUUGACAAAGCGAUAAAACGAAUAAAGUCAGCAGCGGAUGAUUUAAGGGCAUCUGAUUAUUGGGAACACGUGAUAGAAUCAGUGUGACCAUGGCAAGUAUCACAUCAAAACCUGUUCUUGUAACGCUCCGGCAAUUAUUAUCCGAGAUCCGUAAGCAAAGCUCAACAAAAAAGCUGGCAGAAAAUCAGAUGGCUCGUUACAUUUUGGGCCAGUACCGUAAGCACCAAGUAACGGAUCAGCAGCUUUGCAAAGCGAUAGACGAGAUGCAUUUUAAAGCGAGGAGCUAUUACGACUAUCUGCACCACUCGAGGAGGUAUAAGGAGAUUAACACGGAGUUUAAGGGAAAGGGUGAAAUAAGUAUUGCGGAGACUGCAAGAAUGGUUGGAUUCAAACUCCCUCAUGACCCGAAGCCCUAAUAGCUAUCAUUAUCAAGACUUAGUGAAAAUUAGAUCAGAAAUGGUUUACUUACUUAAACUACUUCAACUUAGUUUAAAAAAAGAACAGAACUUUCUUGGUUUUCUAGUAUUGUUUAUUAUCAUGGUACAAUUAAUUAUGAAUUAUUUAAAUAAAUUAUAGUUACCAUA